UGUUAUUUGAUGUCCACCUGUUGGGAAUUGCAAGCACGCCAGUGGAUUCUUCGUAUUGUUCUGAUCUUUACGCAACUGUCGUCUACUUAUCGUUUUCAAAGCUGUCACAUUUUGUGCAGGCCAUUGGAGGGAAACAAAGGUAACAAGAGGAGCCACACAGCAACUAGAGGCUAAGAAGAGACCCCCGUCUCAACUCUCAUGUAAGAUCUUCCUUUGAUCUAUCAAGCUUCCGAAAGAAUAAAAAACGAAGUCCUCGAGUAUCGAGUUGAUAACGAACGAUGACAGACUGCAGCAAUUCAAGAGGUAACAGGUGUGCUGUUGUGACGGGAGGAAACAAAGGAAUUGGCUUCGAGAUAUGCAAAAAGCUAGCUGCGAAUGACAUUAGAGUGAUACUAACAGCAAGAAACGAGAAGAAUGGAAGAGAAGCUGUGGAGAAACUCGAAAGCUCUGGCUUCCCGGAUGUUGUUUUUCAUCAACUAGAUAUUACAGAUCCGGCAAGUAUUGCAGCACUAGCAAGCUAUGUAGAAAGCAGUUCCGGAAAACUUGACAUUCUGGUGAAUAAUGCAGCAAUUCCUGGACUAGUCAUUGCAAAGCACCAAGAAUUUAAAGACGGAGGAGGAUUUGAGCAGGUGAUCGAUGAGAAUGCACAUUUAAUAGAAGGAAUCCUCGAAGAGAACUAUGAAUUGGCAGAAGAUUGUCUCAGAACAAACUACUACGGAGCAAAAGGGGUAAUCACUGAGCUGUUACCCCUGCUUCAGCUCUCCGAUUCAGCAAGAAUAGUGAAUGUUACAUCAGUAUAUGGCAAACUAAUGUGGAUAAACAAUGAGAAGGUGAAAGAAGAGUUGAAUAACAUAGAGACCUUAACAGAGGAGAAUAUUGAUGAGAUUCUGAAGUGGUUUCUGAAGGAUUUCAAGGAGAACAACUUGAAGGCUAAUGGUUGGCCUAUUCUAGUGUCAGCUUAUAAAAUCUCUAAAGCAGCCAUCAAUGCCUAUACUAGACUGCUAGCCAGAAAAUACCCCAACAUGCUUAUAAAUUGCGUCCAUCCAGGCUAUUGCCAGACAGAUAUUACAAGUGAAACAGGACCCUCCACUGCUGAGGAAGGCGCUAGAGGUCCUGCAAUGGUGGCACUGUUGCCAGAUGAUGGUCCUUCCGGCAUCUACUUUUCGGAAAUGCAACCAUCAACUUUCUAGUAGCCCAAUGAUGCUACUUAUACAUCACAAAAAUUGAAUCUUUAAUUAUCUUUCAUAAGAACUUCAUUCACAAUCUCUAUUAUGCUAGUUCAGUAGUUAUUGUCUGUA